AUGACAACCGCUACCCGCUUCAGACUCGUCUUCAACGUGCCCACAUUGUCGCUAACUAAAUGCAAAGAGGCCAUUUUCGCAGCUGGAGCGGGUCGCUACCCCGGACCGGGUAAUUAUACUGAGUGCUGCUGGACUGUUGUUGGGACUGGCCAGUUUCGUCCAGGCGAUGCAGCCAAGCCACAUCUUGGCCAAGUUGGCCAGCUAGAGGAAGUUGAAGAAGCUAGGGUUGAAACAAUUUGCGUGGGCGAAGACGUUGCCAGGGAUGCAGUCAAAGCUCUGAAACGCGCCCAUCCAUAUGAAGAGCCCUCCUACUCUGUGUAUCGGCUAGAGGACUUCUGA